AUGAUUACCAGAAGAAAGCUAGAAGAAAAAUCUUUUUCAGAAUACACAAUAAUUAUCAAAUCAGUCAGCGACGGAAAAGAAAGUCGAUUUCUUGAGUUUCCUCAAGCUACUUACACUGAUAACGCACUACUGCAAACAGUCGCUGAUAUCAACGAGCCCACCAAACUAACCCUCAUAAUCACAACCGAGUCAGGAGUCGGAUUCGAACACGAGAUACGACUAAACACGACUGAUGUCGUGCCUAUUAUUAAGCAUCAGCCUUUUGUGUUGUACCAGCAAGUCGAUUUUGAAGAUCUAAAAGCUGGAGGCUGGUAUCAGUUUAUAGUCACAGCUUUCAGUAAAGGGACGAAACCUAUGACCCGGACUUACAAGAUUACCGAAGUGGCGUUUCCGGAUGUUCCGGUACAAUAUUCAUACUCGCCAACUGUGGACACUACAUACAUAGAUAUUGGGUUUUAUGUCGUGGGUGUUUAUCAUGGCUGGUACCUCAACUCCACCUCCGGAACCUGUAACGUGCCUUGCCAUCUGGAAAGCUGGUUGAGUGACCAUACUGUUACUGGCUUAACGCCUGGAUCUUUAUUCACCGCAACAAUACAGGCGUUCGUAGACUACCCUGGCUUUGCGAGGCGGUUCGGGAACCCACUUGAUGUCGAAGAGGUGGUUGUCCCGACGACGCCCUGGAAAACUGACGAGCCUGUUUCGGACUCCACGACAUCGGCUACUGUUUAUUUUGAUACAUCUGACAUACGAGCGGGAUUCCUUGUGACGAGUUCCGAUGGUAGCUGUUCCGGAACAUGCGAGCACGGCAUAUCAGUUGCACAAAGUUUCCAAAUAACAGAAGCUACCGCGGGUACCCUUUUAACUGUAACUAUCCAGGCAUUCAGCGAUUACCCCGGCCACCCCAGACGAAUCAGUGGUAACCUCACUAUUGAACACAUGAUGCCAAGUGCUUCAAUUAGGCAAACAGCUCCGCCCACUUCACACUCAACAAGCGUCCGUCUUUUCUUUUCCGGUUCCGGUUCAGAAGAGGGAUAUAGUUUAACCACAGACAGUGGCUCUUGUUCGACUUCGCCUUGCGAUUAUCCAGCUACGACCACUCAAAUCGACGUAACCAGCCUGACUCCGGGGUCCUUGCUCGUUGCCAACAUUCGGGGAUACGUCAACACUCCUAGUUCUGGGAGAAAUUACGAUGAGUUUUUGACCAUCACCCAGCCAGUGCGUCCUCACCGUGCAACGUUGACGACUAGUCCUAUCUCUACUUUUGACAGCAUUACUGUGUACUUUACAAUAUUGCAUAUCAGAUCAGGAUUUUUUAUAGAGUAA